AUGGUUUCCUCCAAUCUCAUCGCUCUCCUGAUGGCCUCGGCCGUCAGCGCCGCUCCCUUCUUCUCGGUCCCGCUCCACGAGCGUGGCAUCAAUCUCACCAAGUGGACUCCUGACCACAGAGUAACCGACAAUGAGAUUGUUCUCCUGACCAACGGCGAGGAAAAGAUCAUCAAGACCGAGGACUGGUACAAGCUCCUCGAUGACGAAGGCAUCCUCAGCGAGGCCCCGGAGAUCGAUCAUGACUGGAUCGAGUCCGCCGCCAACAUGUCCGCGCUCGAGUACGACCCCUCCGUCCACGAGAAGCGCGACUGCGCCUACACCACCUCCACCAUCAUCGACAAGACUGAGCGCUUCGUCGACUGGGACGUGCAGAUGUCCCCCGUUGUCAUCGGGCCCCGCGGCGGUAUGGAUCUUACGGUCUCCAAGUCUUACUCCAUCGCCAACUCGGUCUCGCUCUCUGCCGGCCUCACCCUUACCGGCACCAAGAGCAUGAUUGUCGACGCCAUCAGCCGCGGCACUGGCGCCGCCGCCCCUAACGUUGGCAUCAGCCUCACCCGCACCUGGACCACCAUGUCCGGCAAUCUCAUCCGCGGCAACGUCGGCGAGGGCUACACUGGUGUCGUCAUCACCACCCCCUGGACCACCCGCCGCUACGGCCGCUUCUUCCAGGGCUGCAUCGGCUCCCUGCGCCAGACCGGUACUUGGAUGGCUGACACCCACGACGAGGGCUCCUACGAGGGCGUCAGCUGGGUCUCCGGCGCCAUCACCGUCUGCAGCAAGAAGCAGAGCUGGAUCCCUCUUACCCGCUGCCAUGGCCAGGGUGAGUUCCGCUAA